UUUCACGUGUCUUCCUCUCAAAAAUACCUAGCGGUACUGCUAUCCGUCUGCCAGUCAAAGCAAUGACUUCGCUCGAAGACUAUCAGUUUUUACAGUCUCUGAAAGGGAAGCGCCUUAGAUUAAAAACAAACGAUGAAUCUUUCAUCGGCGCUGUUCAACGUAUCCUGAACAAAACCAUCAUCUUGGAGGAUGUGAAAGCAGUCAAAAGUGGCAGGCAACAUGCAGUGAGACACUUUCACGGACGUGAAGUUUUGGGUGUGGAGUUUCUGCGUAGCACAGACCAUACAAAUGGAAGCAAUUCGGAGGCAGUCAAGGGAGAAGGGACUCUGACCAUAGCCGAAUAUCAGCCUUAUAAAUUGGAUAUAUUGCAAGAGAAGGAUGAUGAUGAUGGUGAAUAUGUCAACUUUGUUGUCAUCAAUGAAUUCCAUCAGAAGUUCCUUCCAGCAGUAAUGGAGAUUCAGCGGCAGAAGGUCAUCGGUGUGGGAGCUGAUGGAAUUGGAGGCGUUUAUCUUGAGAGACUCUGUUGGCUUCAGAUUGCCACCAAGAACAGAGUCUUCCUCUUUGAUAUAUUGGCACUUGGGGCCAUUGCCUUCAAAAAUGGUUUGACCAAGAUCCUUGCAAAUGAUCGCAUACUGAAGGUUGCCCAUGACUGUCGCAAGCUGGCUGCUUGCCUGGUCGCUCAAUAUGGUGUGAAGCUCAUGAAUGUUUUUGACACACAGGUAGCAGAUUUCGUGCACUUCUACAGACAGACAGGUGGACUCAUGCCGGACCGGGUCAGCACCAUGCAGGAGGUGGUGAGCCUCCACCUGGGCAUGCCGGCUUCUCACCUGUCCUCUCUCAACAUCAAGUCUCGACUCUCCAAGGAAGAUCGCGAGAUGUGGUACAUGCGUCCCUGCCCAGAGCCGCUGCUGAAGCUCAUGGCUCUGUCAGUCAUCCACCUUCUGCCGCUGCGUCAGGUGUUACUGUCCGCCCUCAUGUCCGACUACACCAGCCUGGUGGACGCUUACCUGGCCAGCGUCCUCUUCCAGCCGGUGCAAAUGCAGGACAUCGGCCAGGACAGCGGUCUGGAGCUCUCCAGUGAGCUGUGUGAGCUGGAGCAGCUGCAGCAGGAGCGGCAGGCGUGGGCGCUGGAGUACUACCCCUCCACCCCCGCGGGCCGGCUGGUGCGCUUCAUGCCGCGCUCCAUCUCCAACUCCAGCACCUCCGUGGAGGCCACCGAGGGCGAGUCGGCCUCCUCGUCCCACUCCCACGCCAGCUCUCAUGACGAGUCCGGUCCACCCGCAGCAGGUCCCGCUGAGCCCCCGCACACGCCCACGCCACCCUCUGGUAGUCCCACACCGACUAACACACCCUACGCCACUCCUCCCUCUCAUACUCCAGAUACAUCCACCCCCCAUACUCCGACUCCCCACACUCCGACUCCCCACACUCCGACUCCCCACACUCCGACUCCCCAUGCACCGACUCCUUAUGCACCGACUCUCCAUACACCGACUCCCCAUGGUGCUGAAAAUCCGGCACUCGCUCAGACCAAUUUGUCCAUGAUGAAGCCUCGAGUCCUUUCCACAGCGACCCCCAAAAACGCAGCACCAUCUCCCAAGAUCCCCAAAAUGGAGGCACUGCCCAAACAGCGGCCCCAGUCCAUUCCCCAAGAGAGCUCUAUAUCUUCCUGCCCAGCUCGUCUCCUCGAGGUCGUCAUGGACACCAUGGCCCAGGCGAUCGCCACUGCGGCAGAGGGUGCCGGUCAGUCCAGCAUCGGCUCCUACUUCAACCUGGGCCGAGGCCUGCAGCUGCAGAGGGCUGCCUUCAGCAACCAGGCGCAGCAGCACACCGCUGCAGCGCCACUGAGCCCCCCCAGCAAAGCAGCGGGGUCAAAGGGUUCAUUCGCCUCCUCUGACGCCUCCCUGAAGCCGAUGGCCGCCAUGGCAGGGGUGGCCCAGAAGAUUGGCGUUGGUAAAGCAACGCUUAGCCGAGCCUCGGAGUUAGCGUUCCUGAAGGAGCCCAGCGACGUCAUCGCCGUGCGGGACCGCCCGCUGAUGCUGGACUGCGAGGUGGAGGGCGAGGGGCCGAUCACCAUCACCUGGCGCAGGAACGGCGUGGCCGUGCCGCUGGGCGUGCGGACGGAGGUGAUGCCCACGGGCGCGCUCCUCAUCCGCAGCUUCCAGAAGCGCCGCGAGAGCAACGAGACGGACGCCGGCGAGUACGAGUGCGCCGCCCAGAACCGCUACGGCAUGCUGGUCAGCCGCAAGGCCCGCGUCCAGCUCGCAUCGCUGCCCAAGUUUCACACACACCCGGAGUCAAUGGCUGUGGAUGAGGGAGGCGUGGCUCGCUUCCACUGUGCCGUCAACGGAAUCCCAGAGGCCAGCAUCACCUGGGAGAGGAACAGGACCACUCUCAAUACGGACGAUAGCAGGUACACUCUCCUCCCAACGGGCAUCCUGCAGAUUACCGGCGUGCGGAAGGCAGACAUGGGCUUCUACCGCUGCAUGGCUGUGAACAUCGCCAACACACGCUACAGCCACGAGGCCCAGUUCAUAGUCACCGGUACAGCUGCGGGAUCUCGCAGUUACAAGGACCCGGUGAUCCUGUCCGGUCCCCAGAACUUGACCAUCAACGUCCACCAGACAGCCAUUCUGGAGUGUAUCGCCACGGGGAACCCCCGGCCCAUCGUGUCCUGGAGUAGACUGGACGGCCGCUCCAUUGGAGUGGAGGGCAUCCAGGUGCUGGGCACGGGCAACCUGAUGAUCUCGGACGUAUCGCUGCAGCACUCGGGGGUCUACGUCUGCUCCGCCAACAGACCCGGCAGCAGGAUGAGGCGCACGGCACUGGGCAGGCUCGUUGUUCAAGCUCCCCCUGAGUUCCUGCAGUGGCCGCAGUCUGUGUCCCGACCACUGGGUGGCAGUGCUGUGUUCUCCUGCUCAGCCCAGGGAGUGCCAGAGCCCCACCUCAUCUGGCUCAAGAAUGGCAAGAUCCUCACCCCAGGAGACAACGUCAAACUCACCAACAGCAACAGCACCCUGGCUGUGACCCGCAUCACCCCAGAAGAUGAGGCCAUCUACCAGUGCAUCGCCGAGAACAGCGCCGGCACCAACCAGGCCAGUGCCCGCCUGGCAGUGUCCAUGUCCAACGACCUGCCCCAGGCGCCCCAGGACCUGACGGCCACCCCGCUGUCCACCACCAGCCUCCAGGUCGCCUGGGCACAGCCCGCGCCCGAGAUCACCGACGGCGUCAUCGGAUACGUGCUCCACAUCCGCAUGCUGGGAGAGCCCGACAGCAAGGAGCUGCAGGAGGCGGUCAGUAAGACCACCUUCAAGCACGAGUUUGAGAACCUGGACCCGGCCACCACCUACUCCAUCUACCUCAAGGCCUACUCUCCACUGGGGGCCAGCCAGCAGUCCAACACCAUCAUCACCACAACACUAGGGGGCGUCCCCACGAUGCCGAGUUUCUUCACCAAGGUGCUGAAUAAGACGGCCAUGCAGGUGUUCUGGGAGCUGCCCAGCAAGCCGGGGAAGGUGGAGGGCUUCAAGCUCUCGCACCGCAUGGUGCCCGAGGAGGAGUUCAAGGCCCAGGAGCUCUUUCCCAGCCACAUCAACACACACACCAUCUCACACCUCGAGCCUGCAGCUGUGUAUGAGAUACAGCUGGUGGCCUACAACGGCAACGGGGACAGCAUCGGCAACAAGCGACUGGUGUCUCUGGCUGAGACCGGCACCAGCGCCAAGACUGCCAAUGGAGGGCAGAGUGUGUGUAACUGCCAGCAGGACGGCGACGGCUCCAUGACUGGCAUCGUGGUUGGCAUUCACAUUGGCAUGGCCUGCAUCAUCUUCUGCGUGCUCUUCCUCAUGUUUGGAUACCGCCGCAGGUAA